AUGGACACCUCAUCCUCAGCCGGAAGCUCUAGACGAACCACAAGAAAACACCCUACCUUUCAUGGGAUACGUGAACGGAACGAGAAGUGGGUGGUUGAGAUCCGAGAACCAGGUACAAACUCUCGUAUAUGGGUUGGAACAUAUCCGACAGCAGAGAUGGCUGCAAUAGCUUAUGAUGUAGUGGCUUUGGCACUCAAGGGUGGUGAUGCAACUUUGAAUUUUCCAAAUUUUCUUGGAUCAUAUCAAGUGCCAGAGUCCUCAGACCCUGAAUUGAUAAAGAGUGCGGCAAGGGAAGCGGCGACAUCUUUGAAGUUGUUUAGGGAAGCAGAAGAUAAUCAAAAGGAACAAAGUGGUGGCAACGAGGAAGGGCCUAAGAAUUAUGAGUUUGUGGAUGAAGAAGAAAUUUUUAAUAUGUCGGAUCUAGCGAGGCAUAUGGCGGAGGGAUUGCAGAUAAGCCCACCCUCACAGCCGAAAUUCGUUGACUCGUCGCCGGAGAACUCUUCCGGUCAUGACAACUUAUGGUCUUAUUAA